AUGAAGAAGACGAAUGAGUUCUCAGUGUCAAGCACGCGCACUUACAGUUCUCUCUAUUUCAAUCCUCUCAACAAUCCCACCCACUGCCGGAGUUCCAGCACCGACUGUGUCCGCAAACCUCACUUCGAAAUUCAAGAUGACCACCACGACAAGGAAAACCAAAACGCCAACUCCAAUGCGUCCUCUCCUCUGCCCAAGCCCAAGCCCAAGCCCUUCAGGUCUUUCUCCACAGACAGGAUCUUGAAGCCCUCCUCGCUUGAAUUCUGCAUGCAGAUCAACGACCUUCAAACCCCCCUCAACAUUUGGGACUACUCUGAUUCCGAGUCAGCUCCUGCUUCCUCCUGGUCCACGCUCCCCAACAAGUCCUUGAUCUGUAGACCCUUGCCUUUGGAUAUUGGAAGGUGCACAUGUUUCAUUGUCCAGGAGCCAACGCCCCAUGGACUCUCAGGGGGCACUUUCUUCUCUCUUUAUACCAAUGUAAUUCAACUCAACUUCUCUGGUCAUUUCUUUAGACUCACACUAUAUGAUUAUGGAUGUGGUAGUAAUGAAUUAGUGUAUUACAAUGAAGGGCAGGGACGGCAGAAUAGGAAACUAGCUGUGGCCUAUCACAAGCGCCGGAAUGGGAGGUCUUACUUCAUCAUUGCUCAGAAUGUGAAAGGACUACUCUCCCAUUCUGAUGAUACUUUUCUUGGCACCAUAACAGCUAACCUCAUGGGCUCUAAAUACCACAUUUGGGAUCAGGCGUAUCGUCGUAACUCCCGUAGUAAACAACCAAAGCCACCUCUUGCUGUUGUGACCUAUAUACCUACCAUAACAACAUGUACAGGAAGUCACAGAACCAUGAGGGUAUAUAUACCCAAGCAUCAAUAUAUGUCACUGAAGAACACAACACAGGUACAACAUAUAAAAGGAUUGCCUAUGAAUUGGGAGGAGAAGUUGGACAAGGUCCAUCAACUAUUCUCUAAGGUUCCACUUUACAACAAGAUUUCGAAGCAAUACGAGCUUGACUUUAGAGAUAAAGGAAAGGCAGGAGUUAGAAUCCAAAGAUCAGUUAAAAAUUUCCAGCUUACUUUAGAGGAGAAUGGGAGGCAGACGAUCCUGCAGCUAGGGAGGGUGGGAAAAUCAAAAUUCGUUAUGGACUACAGGCAUCCUUUGACAGGUUACCAAGCGUUUUGCAUAUGUUUGGCUUCCAUGGAUGCAAAGCUUUGUUGCACAGUGUAG